GAUUCCUGAGAAGCUAGCCAUGAGUAGAGGUGGAAGCUAUGGCGGUGGACAAAGUUCUUUGGGUUAUUUGUUUGGUUCAGAGGAGCCACAAACUCCACCUCCAGCUGCUAAGCCAGUAUUGCCGCCGUACGGCAUCGACACCACCACCACCUAUGAUCAUCACAAGCCUUCAGAUCAUAAGACUCCUUCCAAUACCAACAACUAUCAAAGAGCUGACGGCCCAAAUUCUGGAAACUUCGUAACUGAUCGUCCGACGACAAAAGUUAAAUCAGUUCCUGGCGGAGAUUCAUCACUUGGUUACUUGUUUGGAGAUAAGUGAUGCUUAUGUUUUCUCUAGCUCCCUACUUCAAUAACAACCAAUAAUAUUGAUUACUGAAUAUAUAGUUUCUUCGGCUUCUGGAAACAAAAUUGAAAGUUGUGUUUUAAUAAAAGGGAUAUGAAUCAGUCCCCAUGAGUGUUGGAUUUGCAAGGGUUAAUUCUUCGAGGGUUGGACGAAGAAGAUCGAGUGGGGCGCCGUAGAGAGAUAACAAGUAAACUAGUCUAGCUAUAUAUCAUGAACCCCAAGAUUAAUUUGGUGUGGAAGUGCAUGUAAGUUUUAUGGAUUUGCCUUCUGUUUGCAAAAUUAGGCUCCAUAUAUAUUUGAGUCUUCUUAAAUUAGUCAGGCUUGACUGAUCG